AUGACCAUCGCGACAAGUAAAGCGGGCAACUUUGCCAUUACCAAGAACCACCUCCUACUAGCACUAUCGCUGGUCUUGACACUGCAGCAGGCCAGGCAGAAAAUACCCAGCAUCAAGGUCGACUGGAACCCUUCUGCCGACCCGCGCGCGCGAUUCAAUCAGUCCAAGGUGGCCCUCAUGAUCGAGCCCCGCGUCAUACCACAUCUUGUGCCCCAGAUCCUGCACAUGUCAGCCGUCGCUCCACCAGACUGGCGGUUCCUCUUCAUCGGCUCCAACGAAAGCGUUGUCAGCGUGGCGAGAAGCUUUGCAAUCAAGAACCAGCAGGUUGUAGGCAAGCUCGAUCUCAUGGUCCUACCUGAGCCCUGGCAAAUUGACACGAAGGAGCACGUCUAUCGCCUCUUGACUGACAUGCGGUUCUACGAUGAAUUUCUUCCAGGAAUCGAAUGGAUUCUCAAAUAUGAGCACGACAGCAUUCUUUGCUCCAAUUCAAACUCCAGCCUGAACGAUUGGCUGCACUGGAGCUGGGCUGGUGCGUCACGAACGGUCGAUGACCGGUUUUCAGGCAAUGGAGGCCUAAGCUUGAGACGCGUCUCUGCGAUCAGGCGCGUUCUUAAGAUUCAGGAACGAUACAACGAUACAGACCCAGAGGACGAGUGGUUUGGGCGACGCAUGUGGAUCCUGCCCAACGCCAAGGUCGCAGCCAAAGAUGAUGGCGUGCUUGCAGUCGAAGACGUAUACAAGGAGAACCCCAUGGGUUUUCAUGUCCGCGACGGCGGCCAGUUCUUGACUAGUGAUGUCUGGAAGAAUGCUACUCAGCGGCAAAACAUUUUCAACUACUGCCCCGAGCUCAGCCUCAUCAUGAACAUGAAGCUUGAGCGAGAGCGGUGUCCAGGCGAUGACCACGAAGGGCACAUUGGUCCAACACCAUCUCAGAUUGCAGCAGCGCAAAUGGCCAAGAUAAAGGAAGAGGAAGAUAAUAAACUGAAGAAGGAAGAAGAGCUACGAAAAGCUGAAGAAGCCAAGAAGAAGCAGAGCCUCUCCGAAGCAUCCGACAAGACAUCAGCUCUCCCUCAACUUAGCGCAUCACGCAAAGUAUCUGCGAGCUCGGCGACGGCGACGGCGACGGCGACGGCAAGGGCGACGGCAGUCAUCUAG